UGUAAUGGGCUCUCAACCCUCACUAGCAUUAUUGAUAUUGACCCGACCAUGAAAUUGCGCGCCCACAAAUUAUCUGGUAAGUAUCAACAAAAUUACUGAAGCACUAUAACUAUAGCACUACUACUACUACUACCACCACCACCACUUAGUACUCACUAACCAUGUCGUCCACCUACGAUCCUAUACCGUACGAUCAUACUUAUGUGUUAUAUGAACCUAAUGAUGUCAUAGCUUUAAUUGCUGUACAUAUGACAUUAUUACCUAUCUACAUUAUGGUAUUCUAUACUGCAUGGUUCUUAAUAACUAGAGAAAUUGAACCAGUCAUUGUAGUUGGUGGACAUCUUAUUGGAGAAAUAUUAAAUAAAAUAGUUAAAAGAAUUAUGAAACAACCUCGUCCUGAUUUUCAUAAAGAUUUUGCUUCAGGUUCUUAUAGUUUAACUUAUGGAAUGCCCUCAGCUCAUUCUCAAUUUAUGGGAUUCUUUACAACUUAUUUUAUUUGUAUUAUAUUGUUUAAGAUUAAACCAUUAACUUCAAUUCAAAAACGGUUUGCAAGUUUAAUAUUAUUAAUUACUUGUAUAUUAGUACCAUUUUCAAGAGUUUAUUUAUUAUAUCAUACUAUACCUCAAGUUAUUGUUGGAGUAACAUUAGGUUCUACAUUAGGAUUAUUAUAUUUUACUGCAACAUCAAUUGCCAGAGAUAUUGGUUUAGUUGAUUGGGUAUUAAAUUGGCCUAUAAUAAAAUUCUUUUAUAUUAAAGAUACAUAUUAUCAUUGUUAUCAAACUUUUGAAGAUGAAUAUAAUUCCUAUAUUAAAUUAUCAAAAUUAGUUAAAACUAAAAGGGAUUAGAAAAAUUUCAAUCAUGUAUAUAUUAACAAAGUAAAAAGUGAAGUAAAGUAAAGUAAAAUAAAGUAAAUAGUAGAA